CAACGCGUUCGUUCACGAGUCCAUAACGCGCGCACGUAUUUAAUUAUAAAUGUGCGUUGCAGUGCGCGUUGCGGUAUGUUUAAUAAAACGUUAUUCCGCGCACAUUCCGAAACGGAAUCGAUUAAUACGAAUUAAUAAUCUUUAUUUUCAACACGCCGUCGUAUUGAAGUCGGUGAAUAGCGUCGGAGAAUAUCCGCGCGCGCGAGCGGAACACAUGCCGACAGCCAGACAAAUUACGAGUCAAUAAACGUUCGUGUAUUGCGAUCGCCUCGGUGCCGGGACUCGUAUCGUAAGUACGCGUGUACGUUUUACAAACAAAGGGACACAUGGUCAGCAGAACGGUCGAGAAACAAUAUUAUGCAAUACAUGUUAUAUUGCGCCAUCGACGGGGAAACGAGGCCAUCGAACGGCGGUCCAAAUGAAUUUUUAACGGGCGGCGUGUCGUGCUGCGGACGACGAGAGGGCGGCGGUGGUGUAAUCGGCCCAUCCCGUUGAUGAUGAUGGCCGCCAUCAAGACGGUAAUACAGGGCCUUUGCUGCGGUGUGCGCGCGCGGGCGGCAGGGUUCUCCGGCGAAUCGUACCCCGCGGGCCCGCCGGCUCGUCGUUGCACGGGGCGUGCUGCGGAAGGGAAUAUGCCGUUUGUGCGACCGCCGCUGCCGCGUGAAAUCAAUUGGAAAGACAAUACGACCCGAUAAAAUGUACUCUGGAGGUUCGACGUGACGUUAUAUGUAGCAAACACUAUGGAGAGUCUUUUGAAGAAAUAUUUCACCGACAAUAUACGUGUUGACCGAAAAUAAUGUGCAAUAAACAGUUUAAAUGAAUUUAUAGAACCUCCGUGACCAGCAUGUGGCGUUGCCGAGCAACUCACGGAUUUCAAAGCUUAUAAAAAGAAUCGAAAUCAAAUAAAAGCAACCUAUUUCUCAUAACCGUCUGAACGAUACGUACAUCUCCUACGAAAACCGUCGCACGGAUUCGUCGUGAAACGUAGCAAAUCGUUUUUGGUUUGAUUUCUUUUUGUUUCUCAACAGCCAGUUGACGCGGUAAUUCUUCCGACAUGACGUCGUUGUUGCCCAGAAGAGCCACGCUUGCCCGGACUACAGGUAAAUCCCCAGAAUGUGGUCGCGGAAACGGUCAAUCAACGGAGCAAGGGAACGCGACCGAGCAGCAUAAUAUCGUCUCGACGGACCCGAUCUUCCGCCGACGCGAACUGCUCGCGUUGCGAACCGAGACCGUCGUCACGUUGGUCCCGAAACUUUCGUUUUCUUUUGUCAACGUGAAAGACGAAGCGUUGAAAUGCUACGAACAGAUUUUCGACCAUCGUGCCGAUCUCGCACAUUCGGUAGAAAAAGUUCUUGACACUCUGACGGAACUCAAAAAGUCGUCGGUCCAACACGACCGAAAUGUAUUCGAUUACGUGUUGAAGCACUUGUUCAGCGAGAUCGAAUGCUUCCGAACGUACACCGCAGAAGCGUUAAACAGAUGUGCCCAUCUGUUCGGUGGUGUGAUCGAACGCGGUUUGAUAACCGAUCCCGAGGCUCUAGGAAAGGCCUUGGCCUUUGUCCUGGAUGCUCUCAAGGAACAUCCGUACUCGGAAAUGUACAACUUUGGCACGACUGCUUUGAUCCGGUUUAGGUAUCGAUUAUGGUACUGCCCUCAGUACUGCGUUUCGAUAUCUAAAAUUCCACAUUUCAAAACGUUACCGACCGGAUUAAUCGUGCACGUGGAACGGAGCGUAAAGGCGAGGACCCAACCGUCGACCAAAAGCGCGGACAUCAAAUGUUUACAGGAAUCAUUUGUCGUGACCCAGCCGGAAGAACGCGGAGCAACAGUUACCGCAGAAGCGAGUGCCAUCGACUCGAAGCCCGCGGAAAUCAAGAGUCGUGAACAAGCGGUGGCAACGGUCGUGCCAUCGUCGGACGCCUCGGCAGGGUUGGCCGCUUGUGCCGAAAGUGUCGAAGGGACGAUCGCAUCGCUAAUGGCUCUACCGUUUACGCCUACGAAGACACCCGAAGACGAUUACGCGGAACAAAUCAUAAUCACCAUGACGUGCCUCCACGAGCUGAACAUUCACGGCAAGUUUCAGCACAUCAAAAACCGGCUUAACAGCCACGAGAGAAUGGUGUGGUUCGCGGAGUUUCUGGUGGCCCACCAUGUAAGCCGUAUACGUUCAAAUCUCGGAUUUUACUCGAGGUUGAUGCAGUACGUCGGAAGCGAUUUUCUAAACGGCCUUAUAUUGUCCGAAACGUACCGGGCGAUUCGAGGUCUGUUAAAGAACAACGAUCGCGGGUGCAAAGAUGAACUGUCCAACCUCAGCGACUUUUUAGGUAUUAUCACGACCACGUUCAACAAGUGCAAACCUACCGAAGCAGCGGAUAUCCAGCUUGUCAAGCAACAAGUUAAAGCAUACACGGUUAAAGGUCGUCAGUAUAUGUAUUUUUAAUGUUUAAAAAGUUAUUUCUCGAUUUAAAUGUUCACUAA